AUGGGUGGGGGCCAUGCGGCCCUGGAGGAAAAUCUGGGGGCGGAGCUUAGGGCUGCCCCUAAGAAAGACUACCAGGGAACCCACCGGCUGUGUAGAAGGGACGAAGACAAAACCAGGGAGCUCAGAAGAGUCACUGCCCUGAUCCCCUCCGUGCCGGCAGCUGCGAGGACACAGGCCCCUUUGUAUCCUGCGGUGCGGAGGUGGAGCAGAGGAGAGGGUGCCCUGGCUGGCCCCCUCCCUCGCCCCGCAGCACUGCCCCUCCUUUCACAGCAACCCACGGCCUCCCCCGCGCUUGACCCAGCUGGCGAGCUGCCCCUUAUACCUGGAUCCGCCCCUCGGGACGCAGCUCCCCAGGCCCGAUCACCGAGCGAAGACAAUACUCCAAUUCUCUGGAAAGUGGAAGAAACCAAGCUGGAGCUAGGGGGGCGCUGGGACCCCUAUUGGGGCUUUGAGAGCUUCCGGUUGUCAUCUCCUAAGUAUUCGGAGACCCUUCCCCAAAACUCUUGGGCCUCCCCCCACCGCGCGCGCGCGCGCGCGCGCGCACACACACACACACACACACACACCCCAACACACACUCCCUGUCCCCUUUCUCCACCCUGCAAGCUAGUUGCAUUUAGCUCACAGAGCCUGGGCUGCGACUUGAAAGAGUUUAGGCAGCGACAGAGUGACCCUGGGGGUGCUCUUGACCGACAGCCGCACCCCCGGCGUCUAGGACCUCCGAGCAGGGAUGCAUCUGGAGGUCUAGGGAAGCACUUCCACCCCCUCCUCUCCUCAACCCUGGCAGGAUGUGCCCGAAAUGCCAGCUCCUCCUUGGUGUUCUCCUUUCAGGAUUUGAAUUCAAAUCCCAUUGGCAGCCCUGAUACCGCUGGGGGAAGGGUGAGGCUACUGCUGCUUCAAGACAGUGACGUUUCUCUCCGGUCAGCUGUCAGGAGCGCUGCUGGGUCUUACUGGGGAUCUGGCCAGCCUUGGGGGCCCUUGGAGCCCUGGCCCAGUGGAAGCUCGUGCCUGAGGAACAUGGAGGCCACGCUAAUGAGUUACUUCCAGAGUCUUCAAGAGUGCCAACUGGGACCAGGACCCCAGACCACAGCCCCCCACACCGUCCUGGACCUGGAUUCUGACUGUGGUUCCACUGUACCCCUCACCUUAAUCUCUGGUUCUAACCAGACCUGAGCCUAGACUUCCACUUUUUCCCUUACCCCUGUGAGGGCCUGGGAACACUAGGUGGGCAGGGUUUGAGCCCACAGGACCUGCACACAAACUUCCCCACCUCUUGGACUUGGGGACAGGAUCUGUGCCUCAACCCAGACCAGCUUUGUAGGGAUAUGUUCCAAGAACAGAGAAGAGUCUUAUGGGGAAGGGGGAGGAAGGGAAGUAUGAAUAUUUACCUCUGACCAAUAAUAGAGGUGCCCUGGUCCCCAAAGAAAUUGACUCCCGAAUUCCCUCCAAGCCUUACCCAUAUAGCUUUUGUUUGUUUGUUUUGAGACAAGGUCUUGUUCUGUCCAGUGCCGUGGCAUGACCACAGCUCAUGACAACUUUGAUUUCCCCGGCCCAAGCAAGCCUCUCAUUCAGCCUCCCGAGUGGCUGGGACCACAGACGCCACACACAGCUAAUUUUUAUUUAUUCGUUUUUAUUUUUUUGCAGAGACAGGGUCUCCCAGUGUUGCCCAAGCUGGUCUUGAACUCCUGGGCUCAAGUGAUCCUCCUGCUUCAGCCUCCCAAAGUGCUAGGAUUAUAGCCACCGCACCUCGUCUUGAAAUAGCCUUUUAAAUAUUCACCUCAGCUUGCCUCACAGUGGUAAAAAUAAGCAUUUUUUUGUUUUGUAGGAUCAGGGAGCUUCCAAGGCAUUUGAUACCUUUUUGAUGGGAAGAAGGGCUCUGAGGAGCUCCAAGAUACCCCAACCUCCAGGCCCUUCAUUAGGGGGUAGUUGGGUUUCUGUUUGGCCUUUCCCCCUGGGCCCCAUAGGCUUAAACUACCCCCACCCCCACCUCCGCCUCCUACCUCAGCUGGGAGCACUGUCUUCCAUGGGGCUUCCACUUCUCUCCUCAACCUGGGGAAGACCACAGGGCAGUGCCUGCCUCAGGACCUGCCUUCCCCAAAAGCUGGCUUUUUGCUCCAAGGAGAGAGCAUUGGCCCACCUGCCAGAGUCUUGCCUUUUGCCCAAAGGAGCCUGGUCUUCAGGGCUGCAUAGGAUGCAAGUGCCUUCUCUGCUUCUCACCGUGGGUGGCACUAAUUUCCUCCUUAACCAGAACUUUGUUCCAGCCACUGACCCAUUCUAACUCUUCCCCCUCUGACUCUCCUGCGCAAGGUCUGUUCCUGGUUUCCCAGAUGCAUAAAGGAAGACAUAUCCCUCCCCUGGGCAGCAAGGCUACAAUGGGAGGGAGGGAGAACAUGGGAGCAUGUGAAUAAAAUGGCAUUAAAUACUGAA